AGGUAGUGGUCAGGUAAUAACCGUUAGGAUGGAGAUGAACACCAUAACCCCCAAUUUCAAGACGAAGGCAUGUGCGGAGGAUGAUCCUAUAUGUAAGGAUGAGAGUGUCUAUCCAAUACCCGAUGUUGUUAUUGGCGAGAAUGGGGACUUGAUUGAUCAGGGAAGCAAGUAUGGAGAAGCUAAGUCUUUUUGGGACUUGUCCUUCCCUCAUUCAGAACACAACUAA